AUGUCAACGCGCGUUGGGCGUGAUGCAUCGGUGUGGACAGAUGUGAUUGCCCGAAUCCUGCUCAACCGCCUCGUCAGUCAGGUUGUGGAACCUAACGUGGCGGAAGAGCCGUGUGGAUUCCGUUCCGGCCGCAGCACUAUAGAUAUGGUGUUUUCGGCACGUCGGUUGCAGCAGAAAUGCAGAGAACGACACCAGCCAUUGUACUCGCUUUUUGUUGAUUUCACCAAGGCAUUUGAUACGGUGAACCGCGAGGCAUUGUCGUUGGUGUUGGGUAAGUUUGGUUUCCCGCGUAAGUCUGUAAGAUUAAUUGAAUGUCUGCACAGUGGUAUGCGAGCGAGGGUGCAGCUGAGUGGAGAGACCUCGGAUGACUUUGCUGUUGUCACUGUUGUGAAGCAAGGCUGUGUCUUAGCUCCUGCCCUGUUUAAUAUAUAUCUUCAUGCAAUGUUAUCUUGUGCUUUUGAUGCGGCUUGUGCUUACGGUGUUCGUGUGGAGCACCGUAUUGAUGGUGGGUUGUUGAAUGUUCGUCGUUUCGGUGCGAGAACCCUAGUCUGUGAUACAGCUAUCCGUAUGUUGCUGUUUGCUGACGACUGUGCGUUGUUUUCUCACAGCGCGGAUGAGUUGCAGUACAUGACUAGUGUUCUGGCUUCGACGUCGGCCAAAUUCGCGCUCAUCAUCAACACAAGCGAAACCGUCUGUCUUUUUCAGCCUUCACCGGAGGUGCAAUCUACAAUGUUGCCGCAAAUCAGCAUUGAUGAUGAAGUAUUGGAAACCACCUCCCGCUUUUGCUACCUUGGGAGUGUGAUGUCGACUGAUCCGCAGCUACAUAGUGAGCUGCGUAUCCGCGUGUCGAAGGCAGCGGCGGCAUUCGGGAAGCAAGAGUACCGAGUGGGGAACAACCAUCAGCUUACCGUUGGCACAAAGGUGAUGGUGUACAAAUCCAUAGUGCUUAGAUCAUGGGAAUCGAAGGCGGCUGAUCGGCGUGCGUGGCGCGAUCUGAUCCCGAAGGCAGUUGCCGAAGUGCAGGAGAAAGCCCUCAUGCAUGCAGAGAAGAAGCGGAAAGCACCGAUGGGUUGUUCUCCAUCGACGUCAAGUGCAUGGUGCUGUAGCACAUGCGGUCGCGAGUGCCUUAGUCAGGCAGGUUUAGUGAGCCAUGAGCGACGCCACUCGGGACCACUACCGAAGCGACGACGGGUCCUGCAAACAACGUAG